AUGUCCACGCUCUUAUGUUCUGGUGAGGCGAUAUACUGGGCUCAAGCUAAUACUCGUCUUGACGUCAGCCUCGUCAGCAGUGGUUAUAAAAUACCUGUAUUGAAUACUAGUGGUGACAUUUACUUCAGAUUGCAGGGACAAGGUGAUGCAGGAAACCUGUUAGUUCAGGUCCAGCCAUCCAGUCGUCAGCUUGAUAUCCCCACUCCGAAAAAGUUUACUCAAACCCCAUCUUUACUUAGCGUCAGUGAGGAUUCGGAUAUACUACAAUCUCUUCUUGCUGAGCUAAAUUUUAGCACACCAAAUUGUUCCCACCAGAUUCUAACCAAGUUAGUUGAGUUCUUCGGGCAGACUACGGAGUUCUUCCUCCAGCCCUGUGUUUUGCUUACUGGCCACGUGGACCCGCCGGUGUCAGAUAGUUUGAAAAUGGAGCAAAAUGUUUGA